AUGGAGGACAGCUUAUCAGCUCCCCCGCCAAAGCAACCUUUGAACGCUGAGAACCUCUCGACAACCAUGACAAGCAUGUCCGGCCUCACGGAAUCCCAAGUAGCCUCGUUCAAUGAGAACGGCUACCUUGUGCUACCGGACUACCUCAGCCAAGCUGAGAUCGAGUCCCUCCUGACGGAAACAAACACUCUCCUCCGCGAUUUCUCGCUCGACACCCACCCACUCACCCAGUUCACGACCGGCGACGACGACCAAGCCGACCAUGUCGGCGACGAAUACUUCCUCACUUCCGGCGAUAAAAUACGCUUCUUCUUUGAGCAGGACGUCUUCACCAAAGACCCCGACCCGAUCACCGGCCGCCCCGCCCUCCUCAAGCCCAAAGAACUUGCCGUCAAUAAGAUCGGCCACUCCCUUCACACCCUCUCUCCGCCCUUCAAGGCUGUCUCGCUCAACGAGCGCAAUGCCGCCGUCGCAAAGUCCCUCGGAUUCAAGGACCCCCGCGUCCUGCAGAGCAUGGUGAUCUGCAAGCAACCCUCCAUUGGCGGUGCGGUACCUAACCACCGCGACUCGGAGUUCCUAUAUACGAAUCCGCCGUCAGCAGUCGGGUGGUGGUACGCACUCCAAGACGCGGGGCCUGGGAACGCCACGCUGGGUAUGUGGAAGGGGUCGCAUAAGGGUGCGAAGGGCGGGCAUAUCAAGCGCCGGUUUGUGAGGAAGACAGGUAUGCCGGGGACGGAGUUCGUGGAGAAUACGGGACCAGCGUUGCCCAAGGGCGCGGAUGAGGAGGAGGUCGGUCAGCCUCAGGAAGACGAGCUGGAGAUCUUGGAUAUCAAGGCUGGAUCGCUGGUGCUUAUCCAUGGCAAUGUGCUGCAUAAAAGUGAGAAAAACACUAGCCCACGGAGUCGGUAUGCGUAUACGUUCCAUGUUAUUGAGGGGGCAGAGGGGUGGGAAUAUGAUAGCAGGAAUUGGUUGCAGCCACCUGCGGGUGGGUUUUCGAAAUUGGAGAGUUAG